AGUCCCCUGUUUGUCUGACAACGAAAUGCGAGGAAUUGUUGCAAGGCGGAAGCUUAUUGGAUCCGUCGAAGAAGAGAUGUGAAUGAUUCGCUGAUGCGGAGGAAAAUGUGAGAGGAUUCCAGUCGGUCAGAGAAAAGGGAUUCGCGUGGUCGAUCGAGGUUGGAUAUUCGUAAUAUCGUAUUCGGUUUGGUUUCGAACCCCGGACGUUUUAAUCGGAAGGGAUUUUUUAUCGAAAUAAGGGCGACAACCAAGGAUUUUGAAAGCAAAGGGGGACAGAAAAAAAAAAAAAUCCAAAAAUCUUUCAGGAUUCGUAAAAGCUUGCAUGAGGCGAAAAUGCCGGUGCACGAUGUUAAUAUCACGGACGAGGAUAAAAUGAAGGCGGAAGAGAUGAAGGAGAAGGCGAACGUGUUCUUCAAGAACGAAGACUACAACCAGGCGGUCACCUUUUACUCGCAAGCCGUCGAUUUGAACCCUCACGUUGCCGCCUACUACGGCAACCGAUGCCUGGCCUACAUCAGGCUCGAAUGCUUCGGCUACGCCCUGCAGGACGCCAACAAGGCCCUGGAAGUGGACCCGCUCUACGUGAAGGCCUACUACAGGAGGGCGUCGGCCAAUAUGGCCCUGGGCAAGUUCAAGCUGGCGCAGAAGGACUUCGAAGCCGUCGUCAAAGUGCGGCCGAACGACAAAGACGCCAAGACGAAGUACCAAGAGUGCAGGAAGAUCGUGCAGAGGAAGGCCUUCGAGAAGGCCAUCUCUGGAGAGGAGCCGAAGAGCCUGGCCGAACAGAUCGACAUCGAAUCGAUGACGAUCGAGGAUGAUUAUGAUGGACCGGAGCUUGAACAAGGUAAAGUGACCUUGAAGUUCGUUAAAUACCUCAUGGACACUUUUAAAAAGCAGAAGAAACUUCACAGAAAAUACGCUUACAAGAUCCUGGUCGACGUGAAGGACCUCUUCUGUCGGCUCACUUCCCUUGUUCACAUCGAUGUCCCGGACGGAAAGAAGUUCACCAUUUGUGGUGACAUACACGGUCAGUUUUACGAUUUGAUGAACAUUUUUGAGUUAAAUGGCAUUCCAUCUGAAACGAACCCUUAUCUUUUUAACGGGGAUUUCGUUGACCGGGGCUCGUUUUCCGUGGAGUGCAUUUUCACUUUGUUCAGUUUUAAAUUGCUUUACCCCGAUCACUUCCACAUGUCCCGGGGGAACCACGAGAGCUCGACCAUGAACCAAAUGUACGGCUUCGAAGGCGAAGUGAAGACGAAAUACACACAGCAAAUGGUGGAUUUGUUUACCGAGGUCUUCAACUGGAUUCCCCUGUGCCAUUGUAUCAACAACAAGGUGUUGGUGAUGCACGGAGGCCUGUUCGAGGAUGACAAUGUUACGUUGGAAGAUAUAAGCAAAGUAGACAGAAACAGACAGCCGCCGGAAAGCGGCAUUAUGUGCGAACUGUUGUGGUCGGACCCUCAGACGCAGUGCGGCCGCAACCCCAGCAAACGAGGGGUCGGCAUCCAAUUCGGGCCCGACGUCACCAAAAAAUUCUUGCAGCGAAACAAACUGGACUAUGUUAUACGCAGCCACGAGGUGAAAAACGAAGGCUAUGAGAUACAACACGAGGGGAAAUGCAUAACAGUUUUUUCAGCCCCGAAUUACUGUGAUACAAUGGGGAAUAAGGGUGCAUUUAUCACGCUCAAAGGGGGCGACCUGAAACCGAAGUACACCAGCUACGAAGCAGUACCUCACCCAGAAGUAAAGCCCAUGGCAUACGCAAGCCCACUCUUUGGUUUAUUCUAACCUAGUUUUUCAAAUUGUUAUUAUUAUUAUUAUUACCAUUAAUGUUUUUUUUUUAUUUAAAGGCGGCGGGCUGGCAGGGUCGUUGAGGGUGUCGGACGAAAUGCUCAUCGGGUAUUUUCUACCCGACUCCUUUUUACGUUUUCUGUGAGUUCACACGCCGCUGGGGGGUCCACUUUGCCUUUCGUCCUGCCGGGUAUCGAUAAAAUAAGUACCAGUCAAGUACUGGGUGUGUGUGGACGGCGGGGGGGGGCAGGGGUCGAUGUAAUCGACUUGUCCCCCAC